UUAGGUAUUUGUAAAGGUGAACGACCUGAAAUUAUUGAAAAUACUCCACAAUGUUAUGUAGAUUUAAUGAAAAAAUGUUGGAAUGAAGAUCCAUUAAACAGGCCAUCUGCAUCAGAAGUGAAAGUUGUUAUUGAGAAUUGGAUUUACUAUCCUGGUAGUAAUAAAUUCAGUGAUGAAUUAAAAAGCAACAUUAUGGAAUUUAUAAAUGCACCAAUUGGGCAUAACAAUCUUGCUACUAAAUCUCACCCUAAAGCAUGUUAUACAAGUCGCUUACUUGAUUUUACUAGUAAAAAAUUGAAUGAAAUUCUUGAAAGUGAAAAUUCACAAGCAUAUCGUGCAAGUCAUUCAGAUUUGAAUUAUUGUGUGAUUAAUGAUUUGAGGUCAUUAGAUGAGAAUACUAGUAAAAAAUUGAAUGAAAUUCUUGAAAGUGAUUCACAAGCUAGUGUAAAUGCAAAUGAAAUGCUAGUAAGUGAAGAUUUGAAUGAUUAUAUAAUUAAGGAUUUGGGGUCAUUAGAUGAGAAUACUAGUAAAAAGUUGAAUGAAAUUCUUGAAAGUGAAGAUUCACAAGCUACUAGUGUAAAAGCAAAUGAAAUGCUUUUAAGUGAAGAUUUGAGUGAUUAUAUAAUUAAGGAUUUGAGGUCAUUAGAUAUUAAAACAGAUGAAAAUUAA